AUGGCACAACGGCAGCGCACGCAGCCCUCGACCGCGCUGGCCGCCGCCGCGCGGCCCGCGGACCCACUCCGACGCCGCCCGAGCCCCGCCGUGCGCGCGCCGCCGCCGCCUCCGCUCCGGCCGCCGCGCUCCCCUCCGGUCGCCCGCCAGCCCGCCGCGCAGGGGAUAGCGAUGGAGGGAGCCGGAGGGCCCGAUCCCGCCGCCGAGAUAGCCCAAUGCCGCCUGCUCGUCCUCGCCCUCGCGCCCAACGCCGCCGCGCCCGAGCCAGGGGAGAGAGGGCACAGAGGAGGCGGGAGUAGGGGAGCCGAGGCCGGCGGCGGCAAUAGGGGAGGCGGGCCAGCGGAAAGGGCGGCGCGGGAGUAG